UUAUUGCGUUGAUCAAAGCGAUGGAAAUUGCCUUAAAAAAUGAGGUAGAGAAGCUCAAAGUAUUUUCCGAUUCCAACUACCUAGUAACUGCAGUAAACCACAACUCAAAAAGGUGGAUUGAAAAUAACUGGAAAAAUUCGAACAAAAAACCAGUUCAUCAUAAAGCAGCUUUCCAGCAGGUCAUUGAACUGUCCAAAAAAUUCAAGGAGUUCGAGUUAAGACACGUCAGAGCGAGAAAAUAUGACCAUAAUAAUUUCGUAGCAGACAAGCUGGCCAGAAAGGCAGUUUAUACCCAAGAAGUCAUUGAUGAAAAUAUUGACAGUAUGACUGACCAACAGGCCUUGGUGAAUUUUAUUCGCGAAAAAAGAAUGCAGCAGAGAAUUAAUAACGAAGUUGCAUUCAACAAGCUACAUGGGCCCCCCACUAUUUUUGAAAAUGGUGAAUUGGUCAUGUUAACAUCACACCGCUUGUCUUCGUAUGAAAAAGGCUUGUCCAAAAAGCUAUUUCAAAAACGCUAUGGUCCUUAUACAGUAGAACAGCACGUUGGUAGCAAUUGUUACAUGGUCAAAAACGUGGCUGACCCUACUGACGAGCAAAUUGUUAACACUCGCCAAAUGACGUCAUAUCUUAACAAAAACCAGCUGGAGGAGUUAAAAAAUGAUUUGAAGCAGAGAUCAAAAUUCGAUAACAGAGACUUGGUGGAAAAAAUCAGAGAUUAUUCAAAGCAGAAAACCAUCGAGCAAACAGAGAAGUUGGAAGAGGAAAGCGAGGAUGAGGAGGAGGUCGACGACCCCAAGGAUCCAGAGUAUUUGCCCAGAGGUUCGCGAAAACAACCUGAAAAAACCCUGGAAAAAAUUCACCAAACUUGCCAAUCAGAGAUGCCUAAAAAAGAGAUUUCAAAGCACGAUGCAGAGUUCCGAGAAAUAAAGAAGAGAUUACGCAGAAAGCUCCCCCCCUCCGAAGAGCGAAAGCUCGAAGAUUGCCUUGAACAAACGUUUCCUGAUAAGAAAAAGUACAAGGAGAGGAGAGAGGCGGCGCGGGAGAGGUACGAAACGCGUUCUAAAGCUAAGCAGGUACCUACCAAUCUCGAAAGUUCGAACUUGCAUACUCGAAAUGCACCGGAUGACCUUGGAAAUCAGAGAAAUAGAAAACGAAAAAAGACCUUGAAUUUUAUUCAGCUAGAGAUGCUUGAUGAUUUUGAGAGAGCAUAUUUUGUUCAAGCUUUCAAUUGUUAUCGUUUCAACGACGAAGUAAGCGAGUUUUGAAGCUUUGAAAACUUUCAAGGUCAACUACUUUUAUGUAGACUAGUGUAAUUAUAUUCUAACAUCCGAGUGCAACGUUAGAGAUAAGAUUGUAACUUAGAUAACUGUAACUACGUAAAAGUUUAUCUCUAAAAACGCCAUUUUGUGCAAACUAAUCUAUUGCCAGAACUUUUGAUGCACAACAGUUGGAACUUUCAUUCGCCAACUUGAAAGCAUAGUGAAUAGUUCGAAUCGUAUUACUGUAUUGCGCUUAGCUCCUAAUUAGUGGUACAAUUUGGUUAUUUUUUACAUUGUUGAUUUAUUUAUGAAAAAUUGCACUAGGAGCAAAUUUUUUUAUGGUUAAUUUAUGACUAAUUUAUUUUUAGUGUAAUUUUGACUUAGUUAUAGAAUUGUUUUAUUGUAAAUACUUUUUUAUCAUCAAACAGAGAAGUUGAAAACCGUGUGAGCGAGUUCCAGAAAUCAGAGAGGCUUGAAACUUCGUUCGAUAAAAAAUCAAAACAGGCACGAGAAGUUUUUUGGUUGCAGAAAAAUCAGAGAAAAUGCGACUCGAAAACGCGCAAAAAGUCAGUUCCGGCCAGCUGUCUGGGAAAAUAGCAUCGUCCCAGCUGUCAGUGGGAGUAACGUAAACAUUCCCAGCUGUGUGUGAACAUAGCGACGUAUGGCUAGCUGUCUGGGACAGUAACGCGGCUCCAAUAAGAAACUACACGAGAGCAGAGUUCGCGAAAACGAUUUAGUCAACGGAGUACUUACUGUAGUAGAGAUGAAAUAAAGCAGUUUCCAGCUCCAGUAUCGUCUAACUCCAACUUGACGAAAAUAUCAGCUUGCAGAUAACAGAGAAAAAUGAAAAUUAGAUCGAGUAUUGAGAAAGAAGCAAACUCAAUGUGAACUCAAUGUGAUUCAACAUACCUGUUAUUAUUCUCGAGUACUGGAGCCUUGUUUUGGAAUGGUUUUCAAUCAUCUCUUAUAGCUACUUGCGUAAUUACGGAUUUCGAUUUAUUUUUGGAACUUUGUACUUUCUCUGUUGUUUAUGUAAAUAUUUAUGUGUUUGUGAAUUGUUGUGACACUUAGCGACUAAGAUGUGAAUGUAAAUAAUUUAUUUGAGAAAAUGUUCGCAUCUAAGGUAAUUUUAAGUCGCUGGUGCCGUGAAAAAUUAGCAGAGACGUUUUAAAAUCAGCAGUUGGAGGCUGAAAUCGGAUUCCGAUGGACCCAGCCAGUUUAACAUCUGGAAGCUGCGGGUUCAUAUGAAGCGGGGCAGAUGGGCCCUCCCGUCCGUUGUCCGUUGGCCAGUUUUUUGGCUUCAAUGUUCCAGCAUCUCCGAUGUCCACGCUGUUCAAAUGGAAGCGGGGCAUAUGUGACGGUAGGGGAUGCGCCCACAGCUUCCACCUAAAGGGAAGAUGUGUUCCCUCGGAGUGGCAGCACUGACUAAGUAGUGCACUCUAUCGGACUAGUUCGAGUAUAGCCACUCCGCCGUUAGAGACGUUACAAACGUUAAGUAUUUUUUUCACUGGUGUUCCGGUACGGAUGCAUUUCAGAGCUUCCACUUGCAAUCGUCAUUGCAAGUGUCUUUUUAUAAUGAUUAGUGUGUCUUUUUUGUAAUAUAUCGAUUCGGUUUUAUAUCAGAGAUUUAUACAAUAAAGCUGAACACUUUCAUUUGCGGUCUACGAUCAUUUAUGCGGUGUUUCGUCACCUUUGCUGUUCGAUGUACUUUCGUAAGGUCAUCAGUAGAGUUUGGGUUCCCUGGGCUUAACUAUAUGCUGAAUAGCACUGGGCUCUCCCUCUGUAAACCAAGGAGUGUCCCAGCUAUCACAAUCGUUUAUUAUUUUUACGCCCUAAAUUCUAGUACCAAAAUUUCGUACUUCUUACAUGUAAAUAAAUUUACACGACUUUCUACUAAUAAUUUAUCACAAAACUGUGAAGAAAAUUUCAUAAGAUACAGUAUUUUAUGUUCUAUAAAAAAGAACAUGACUACAUUAUUUUUAGGUACCUUGGUCUAAAAUUGAAAGCGGUGCCCAUCAAACCACCUGAACCACCUAGACACAAUCUUGAAAAAAGAAAUAGGACCGAGUUGGCUCAAAUUUUAAGUCGAGUUUAAGCCAAUAAUUUUCCUUUUCAUCAUUUUUUUUUUCAGUGUAAAAAAUUUACCUAUUCUUGAACAUUAUUGGUAUAAAAUCGAGCAAAAUUUACCGUCAAGCAUAUUUUCAUGUCGAGACAUCGUCAGUUCGUCACAUAUUUUGCCGAUAAUUUGAAGAGUAUGUGUACCUACUUAGUUUAUCCGUUACUUUUUUAACACUUUCUUGUGAUUUGAUGCAAAAUCGACUUAAUAUCUGUGUCGCUGAUUUUGAGUACUUUAUUCAAACGAUUUUUUUUUUUUUAAAUCAAUCUUGUGUCGAGCACUCGAGCUUAUGAAAAACGACCCUAGGUACAUUCUUCAUCAUUUAAAAAUUAAAAUGCGCUUUCAACGCUGUUCAAAAGCUUGAAAAUAUACACAAUGUGAUAAAAAAAAAUAAGAAAAAAAUUCCACAUACCUAUUCACUCUUCCACUUGGACAGAGAUGAAAUAAUUUUCUGGUACGAAUAGGAAUCCCCAUGAAACGGAAUGCGCCUCUCCACUUCUCCCAUCGUCCAGUGUGUCUUGAUGUUGUAUUGUUGAAUGUGAAUGUUUAUUUUUUAUCUGCAUGCUGCAGCGUGUUCAUUUUGAUAACAGGCGAUGAUAUCAGGUAUAAUGGUAAACAUUCCCUCAAUGUCGGUCGUUUUACGUGUGUGAUUUUCUUGUGAACUAGUGAAGUAAAUUAAGUAAAACAUCAAAUUUAAUUUAGGUAAAUAAGUUCACCAUUCGAGUCAACUAUGCAACCCUCUUAUGAUUGUUUCAAUCGUCGGGGCUUCAGUUGUUAUCUUUUUAAAUGGGAAUCCGAAUAUACAGAUCGUGGUGAAGUAGAAGAGAGACCAACCUCGGUGCCUACGUUGCAAGAAAUAUCCACCGUGAACGUGGCAAUCGCUUUAUGGAAUCAUGCCACCAUCGAAAUACCAGGAAUGGUCACAGAAUACGAAACAUGGCAAGAUUCGUUGAUCGACCAAGUAUCCGAAUGGAUAGACGCGUUACCUAUACCCAAGUUGUUCGUCAAUUUCAUCAAGUUAUAUGUCAAACGAGUAAAUAAUAACGUCAUCAACUGGGCUCGCCACUUCCAAGCUGCUAUUAUCGGAACAUAUUAUGAUUAUUUUGAAAGUACCGAUUUAAAUUCAUAUCUACACGUCGACCGUAUCAUGUGGUAUCCCAAUGGGAGAAUCAAUCUCGUAGAAACAGCUCGAAAUUUAUUAAAAUCUGACGAAUUGACCAAUGCGCAGAAGUUUCAUUUAGCAAGUGCAUAUUGCCUGCAAAGAGAAAUAAAGAAUAUUUGGCCCAUGUUGGAGAUGAACGACCUUCCUUCUAGUCAUGCAGAAGGGUAUUGGAGUCAUCUCAGUGUGUAUUGGGCUCGUAGCUGUGAUAAAAAAUUGAAAAGAAGAGGAGAUGAAAAUUUUUAUCUUAUUGAAGAAUUAAUAAGAGGAGAAAGACAUGCAGUUAACUGGGCAGCGAUCGAGUACUUUUUCGAUCGUUUGAAUACCGAGCAACAAAUUACCACAGCUGUUCGUUUGAUCGAUGAAUUUGGUUUACGUUUUCAAAAAUUAGUACUAAUGAAGUUGAACGAAUCUCAACGUGUUUCUGUGUUCGAGAAAAAAAUUAUCGAUAUCAUUUGCAAUUACGCGGAGUCCGAACGUGAUAACGAAGAAGUUGCAAUUGCAGCGUGGUACGAAUUUCGAGAUUUGAUUACUCAAGAUUACUUCGUCAACUUAUUCAGCCGGCUGAUAUCCGUCCAUUCGGAAGCCUCGGUUUUAACGGAAAUUUGGAACUCUGCUCCAGAUGGCUCAAAACAUUAUAUAUUACGACAAGUAGAUUACGGAAAUUACGACUUCAUCGAACACCUAUUGAAUUGGUUGACCUGGUACAAGUGCACGGAAUCAGGUCUCACUUUCGUAUCAUCGGUGUUAUACUCAUAUCACGCUUGUGUCGACAUCAAACAACGAGAAAUUACGAAAAAACCGUAUUUCAUUAAAUGCUGUGUAGAAUUAAUAAGUGGCAGUAACUUGAAAUCGCUUGACAGACUGUUGAACUUAUGUCUUCUCGAUGCUGCAGCAUCGACCGAUUUCAAGCAAUCUCUUUCCAAAAGGCCUGAUUUCAACAUAGACUGUCAAAUAAUGAUAACCAUUUGUAACUUUCAAAAGCUCGUUAAACUAUUGGAUUUUGGCUUCUCAAUUACUGGUACUUCAUCGACGCAAUUCCUGCGUGAAAUGUUGUCCAAGAAUAUGAAGCUUCUCGAUGAUUGGUGUUUGGAGUUCUAUUCUACCGGAAAUUUGAAAGACAUGAAUGCUUUGCUGGUUCCACUCCGGUCAUCGUAUCCAGAAAUCGUUACCGAGUAUAAAAAGAAUUUACUAUUGUCGGGUAAAGGUUUGCGAAUGUGCGUGAAUCAUUUUGUCUCGAAGGACUGUAUCCUGCCUAGAAUUAUUGCCGAUGGUGUGCCUGCCGAUUUAGCAGCAGAAUUCAAAAGGAAAAUCAUUUCUUUACCUGAGGCCAUCGAUAAAUUGAAGAGUAUGAUGGUCAACAAACGAUCAAAUACGGCGAUGAAAUUAAUUGAUUGGUAUAUCGAAUCGAAAAGAGCUCGAAAUAAGAUUAAGAAGCUAUUGGAGAUGGCAUUCUCAAGGGAAAUGAAACGUCGUAUUUAUCGUUAAACAUUAUAUGAAUGUGGUUUUUCGCAGUUCCAAUCGCAAUUAUUUUUUAUUUUUGAGAAAUCGGCGUGCAUCGAAUUCAGUUGUUUGUAUAAUUUAUUAUUCGUAUAUUUUUUGUUUUUAAAUUAUUUAAUUUUACCCAUUUUUUUGAAGUUUUAGCUAUCGUCUGUCAAUUUUGUUUAGUUUUUCAUGUCUUCGAGAUCUCCAAAGCGAGCAUUCGUUGAGAAGGUACAGAGUAAAGAAUUGCAACUGAAGAUCGCGUGAGAGAAACGAAAUGUUGCAUUUAUUAUCUUUAAACGAGAAAUAAAAAUCGUCUGCAUUUUGAUUUUAUCGAGAAAUUUUUUUGUAUGGAGUAGGGACUAUUUUAUGUGUUUUUUUUUAUUUUUUAAUUUUUAAACUAAGAAUUAUUCGAUUGAAAUCGCCAAAGUUUGCUGUUGUGUUCAACGUGUUUCGUCUUUGUGAUACCAUACCUAGCUAUUUAUAAUAUGAUCUUAUUUGUCUUUGAUGAAAAUGUAUAAAUGCAUACUUAUGUACCAUACCAUUUAAUGGGCAAAGUUGAACGAAAUUCAUUUGUACAUGUGGAGUAGGGACUACUAUUUUAUGUGUAAACUAAGAGUUAUUCAAUCGGAAUCGCCAAAAAGUUUUAGCUAUAUUGUAUUUCCUCAGUUUCGUUUUCUGUGAUAUUUUAAACAAGAAAAUUAAUUAUCGAUGUUAAGUAUUGGAUUGUAAUUCGUUAAUGAUCUCAUUUGUCUUCAUUGAAAUAUAUAAUUUCAUUGGUACAUAA